ACGAUUGGCAUCGAUCCUGCCCACUGGCGCAGCAUGGUCAAGACAAGGGCGACGACGAGGGCCAAAGCCAAGCGCGCCUGGCGAGCCGCCGCCGCCGUGAUCGACCUGGAUGGCGCCGUCAUCGCGAUCGUCCAGUGCUUGGACCGCGCAGACGACGUCGUCGCCUUGCUCGAAGCGCUGCCACACGCCUCGCUUGGCACGCCCUUGACCGCGCUCCUCGACCUGCUCCAAGAGCCGGGCCCGUUGGCGCACACAUGGCCCGAGCUCCUUCUGGACAACGUCAGCUUUCGGUAUCCGUCGUUUGUCGAGCAUAUUCUGCAGGCGAUGCCAGUGCUUCUGAGCGUCCGCACCGCGCACCGCAACUUGUUCGGGUGUCUUCUGCAGCCGACCGACUCGAACGUCGAUGCACCGGACGGGUUCCUCGAGUUUGUUGCGACGUACCCGCGCACGGUGACGCAUGUCGACGCCGCGUGGCAAGAGGAUGACAUUGACUGCUCGGUCUUUUGCGACGCGCUGCGUCGCUGCACGCGCUUGACGACCGUUCAUGUGGUCGCGAAUGCGCAUGCGGCGGCGGUGCUGGCUGCCGUCACGACGCCAGCCCACCGCGUCACGGCUUUGUACAUCACGAAGCCGUCGUCAGGUGUCAUGGAGGCACUGGACUGGACGUCGCUUCUGCGGCCAUGGCUCGCGAGCGGGCACGCGCGCCACGUGACCUUCUUCAGCAUCCCAAUCGUUGACGUCGACAACCUCGCGCAUGCGCUCUUGCGCACCCCGUCGGUGCGCAGCCUCGGCGUCCACUACAACGACGCGCUGCUUCGCAGUCUUCUUGCUCGUAAUGUGUUACUGCCUCCGUUUGAAAAAGUCAGCGUCGCCACGGACGAGCCGCCGCUUCUUCCUCGACUCCUCAAACGGUUGAGCCCCAAAACGCUGACCUCGCUCUCACUCGAGGGCCAUGUCGAUCACUCGGAGACGCUGGCGUACUUACCGUCCAUGCCGUGUCUCAACCACCUCUCGCUCACACGUGGUGAUCUUGGCGACCUCGACGGCAUCUCGGCACUCGACGGCAUCUUGGCGUGGUCACGCCUCCAACGUCUCGCGAUUAGCUGCGUGUACUUGACGCCAACGACACUCGAAGCGGUCUUAUCGUACUUGGACGGCGUCGACAGCCUCCAACAGUUGAUCUUAGAUGUGGCGGAAAUGGACGCCAUGUACUUUGUGUCGGUGGCGCAAACCCUUGGCCGCUUGAUGGAGCGCGGCCUCCAGUCGGCCGCUGCGGCACGACACCGGUUGUCGUCGCCACUGAUGCUGGACGUGGGCGAGCACAGCUUUAGCAUCGACGGGAUUCGCAUGAUCCUCGACGCCCUCGCCAAGUGCAAAUGUGUGUGCGUCAAGAUGGUGCCGGUCGACGGCACCGAGCUCGAGCCGUACCACGACGAGAUCUACGCGUUCGCAUCGGCCCACCACAUGAUAUGCGACUUGACGUACCCGCCGUUCAUGCUCUGUAGUCCUACCAACGUUAUCUAUGAAUAG